AUGAGUUCUCGGGAGAUACACAUUGCUGUCCUAGACACAGACAUUCCAUGCUAUCAUGUCUAUGCCAAACGAGGACUGUAUAGCUCCCAAUUCAACUCCCUUCUCAAUGCCGCCGCAGGUCGAAUCAACGCGACGGGAUCUGAGUUGCCAAGAGGCCUUCUCAGUGUGCAUGUAACUGCAUUCGAUAUCGUUGGAAAUUCAUACCCGCAUGCCGCAACGCUACGAGCUAGCCCUUGGUCCGCCGUGGAGAGGCACACCCCCGGGUCCCAUGGCCCCAUUGAUGCAAUUUUGGUCACUGGUGCGACUGCAGCAGUCUAUGAUAAGCUUCAUUGGAUCCCAGGAUUGCGUUCUUUCAUUCAAAGAGUGUACUCCGAUUAUCCUCUGGUCAAAAUAUUCGGAUCGUGCUUUGGCCACCAGCUUAUAGGCGAAGUGCUCCUUGCAAGCGACAUAAGCUACACGUCCGAAACGUCUUCUUUCAAAAUCUCCGUUGAAGCUGCAUCUCAAGGUCACGAAAUUGGCAUGUUUCCAAUCACCUUGAACCCUUCGUUUGUCUCGCACUUUCCCCCUCUGGCCCGUUUCGCCCAGGAACCUUUCAAUAUUCAACUUAUCCACGGUGAUUCCGUGAUAUCUUCUCCCGAUGCUCCCGUACCCGAAGAAUCUACAGGCGACAUGUUGCCCGGGUCAUGGUUGAGCGUGGGAAGCAGCUUGAAGUGUCCAAUUCAAGGUCUCUAUCAGCCUGGUCGCGUCCUAACUUUGCAAGGGCAUUUCGAAUUUGACGCGUUUGCUACUGCCGAGCUAUGCUACAAGUUUGCCGGUCAGUUUGGCUGGUCCCAGGAAGUACUGGACACCCAUUUGGAACGAAUCCGGCGCUCAGUGAGGCCGGACAGAGAGGACGAGGAUGAUUCGAAGGUAACCGCAGAGGCGGUGCUGUUAUUUUUCGCCGUGAAGCAUCUUUUGGAUAAAAUUCGAAUCUAUGAGGAGCAGUCAAACCCCCAGGUCUCGGGAGGCUCUUCAACGGUAUUGAACUCUCCGGCUGCAGGAUUUGAUACGCCGGCUUCUCCUUCGUCGACGCGUCCAUCUGCGACGGCCGCAAAUAAAGAGGCCCAUCAAUUGUUGCCAGACGGCAUAUCAUAUGCCGGCAAUGAUGCUGCAAUAAGCCCCGCAACGGACUUAACCUCUGGUCCUGCAUUCGAGUCUCAAGUUAGAUCUCUACUUCACAGGUCGCACCCCAAUGAGACAUUCUAUGGUCCAGAUUCAACUCCUCAAGAUCUCUCUGAGCAGAUUCCCGAAUGGACCUCAGUGCGAGAGCUGGUUGGCGAAAAUUCCGAUGUUACUUUCCCGUCGUUGGAAGAGUCCCAGCACCUACUUGAGCUUUUCCUGUUCUACCUUGGCGUAAGCCAACAUUUCUUCGACCCUAGGUCAUUUUCGGAUGAACUUAUGUUGCUGUUUCAAAACUCGGAGAGCAGGAAGAAGCAGAUGCGCUCCCCUUGGUUCACUGAAUAUCUCUUAGUGAUGGCAAUGGCAAAGCUGAUCAAUGUUCGACAUCCAACGUCUCAGCCGCCAGGGUCAGAUCUGUUCGCUGAGGCAUUGAAACGAUUGCCUCCCCUGCAUCAAAUGGGCGGAGAGAGUGUCAUCAUGGUCGAAAUACUUACCCUCAUCACUACAUAUCUGCAAUGGUCCGACCACAAACACGAUGCUUAUCUUUAUAUAGGAGUUGCUCUGCGGCUGGCCAUUGCCCUGAGAUGCAAUUUGCGUGAAACUGAGCAGAGCUGCCUUCCCUCUCAAAGUGCCCACCGACUACGGCUUUGGUGGACGGUAUAUAUGCUCGACAGACGACUGUCUACAGGACUUGGGCUAGCUGCAGGGGCAGAUGAGCGACAACUUUGUAUCGAACUCCCGCGACAAGCGGCAGGGUAUCAGUCGCCCGUUGCUCUUACAAUCAAUGUCCGUAUUGCACGCGUUACAGACGACAUCAUGUCAACUCUGUAUGGAAACAAGUCAAUCACUCAAUUGGAGCUGGUUCACAAAAUCAAGCACAGUCUGCAAGAGUUACACGACACCGCAAGAUCAUUCCCCACGCCUUUGGUUUUGGAUUUCGGGAAACCACUACAGUGGGCUACUCGCACAGGUGCAUCGCUGUACUUGAUGCUGUUUCAGGCUAUCAUUCUUUGUACACGACCAAUCCUCUUGCAGAGGGCUCGAUUGGUAGCUGAAAAUAAAGAGCCACAACCUCUGGACCAGAUUCCAGAAGUACUCAACCGUCUAUGCGAUACUUGCAACGAGGCAGCUACCAGAAGUCUUGCCAUCCUCGCAGUACUUCGACGACAACAAACAAUCCACGCAACGUUCUCCGCAGCAUUUGUCUUGGUAAUGGUGGGCUUUUCGGACAAAUCCCAAGCCCAACCACCCCCAGCACUGUAUCAAGCGUUUGAAGUGCUCCAGUUCCUAUCCCAGGCAGGUAACCUGGCUGCUGAGCGUCGCUUGCACGAUAUCACACAAUCAUGUUCACAUGUCUGGCCAGAAAAUGUCUUGAUGAGCGAUUCUUUGCCAACAGAUUCCGUAUUGCGAGACCAACAUCAGAAAGAUCUACCACAAAAAGACUCACAGGAUCCAUUCUUAUUGUCAUCAGAGCCUCCUUCCAACACGGCUUUACACGCCGGUUGGGGUGUUCAUCGAGAUGAGGCGAGAUUGCUCGAGCCCUUGGCCGACAUCAAUAUCCCAGAUGCGAUGUUUGAUAUGCAAGGAGAAUGGGAUUUGGAUCUUUCUGGUGAGGCAGAAGGAAUCUAUUCAAGUUUCAAUCAUCCAACAUUACCUCUGACAGGGGUAGACUAUAUUGAUUGGUUGGAGAUUGAGAAAGUUAUCGGUGCGCCAUGA